UGGAUCUCGGUGUCGGCCCUGGCCUUGGCCUUGGUUUGCGACCCCCCGGAGAACCUCUCGUUGGCCGAAAUCACGCUCCGCCGCUUGGCCCCCCGUCUCCUGGCUUCCCUGCGCCUCCUGGGCUCGGGCGCCGACGUCCUGCUCCGCCCGGACACCCCCGACAUCCUUCUCCGCCGGCUCCUGCCCCACGGCCGGAUGCUCUUCCUCAACGACCGCUUCCUCCAGGCCGUGGAUCGGGAGCUGAGAGCAUCCCACUGA